AUGACGCGAGAUAUCUUAAUUGUUGGUGCAACAGGCCAACAGGGAAAAGCCACCAUCAAUGCCUUGUUCAAUACCCUCAAACACUCUCCCCAACACAACACCCGCAUUCUAGCAUUGACAAGGUCCAUUUCAUCACCCAAAUCUCUUGCCCUUCACUCACAGUAUCCCGAUAUCAUCCUUGUUGGAGGCAACACACAAACACCAAAACCAAUCUUCAAACAAUUUCCUUCUAUCGCAUCGAUCUUUAUCGUCACAAUCCCGCCUGACGAUGAGGCGCAGGCUAUCCCUCUUAUUGAGGAAGCUACUUCCAAAACCUCGCAAGUAGACCAUAUCGUCUUUUCAAGCGUUGAUCGAGGAGGUGAUGAAGUCAGCUGGUCUCAACCAACAGAAAUUCCUCACUUUGCCGCAAAACAUCGCAUUGAGCAUAGACUACGAGAACUGUGUGAGCAGACCGGAAAGCGAUGGACUAUCCUCAGACCAACUGGGUUCAUGGAUAGUUACAACCCGGACUUUUUUGGCAAAAUGAUGGCAUCGCUCUGGGCAGAGGGAAUGCCCAAAGAUCGCAAGAUGCAAUUGAUCAGCACCCACGACAUUGGCCUUUUUGCAGCGAAAGCACUAUUAGAUCCAGAAUCUUGGGCUGGAAAAUCACUUGCUCUCGCAGGCGAUGAUUUGAGCUUUUCUGAUGUAGAACGGAUUUUCAGAGACGUGGUUGGAGAACAACUUCCGCAAACCUACAAGGCAGUGUCUUGGCCGAUUCUCUGCAGAUUGACUCGCUUGUAUGCUCAUGGUGCCUAA